GGCGGGCGGCGGCCCAGCCCCGGCGGUGGGCAUUGACCUCGGCACCACCUACUCCUGCGUCGGCGUCUUCCAGCACGGCAAGGUGGAGAUCGUGGCCAACGACCAGGGCAACAGGACGACGCCCUCGUACGUCGCCUUCACGGACACGGAGCGGCUCAUCGGAGACGCGGCCAUGAACCAAAGCGCCAUGAACCCCAGCAACACCAUCUUCGACGCCAAGCGGCUCGUCGGCCGCCGCUACGACGAGCUGGUCGUGCAGGAGGACCUCAAGCUGUGGCCCUUCGCCGUGGUGGACGACGGAGGCAGGCCCAAGAUCAAGGUGCGGUACAAGCGGGAGACGCGGCUCUUCACCCCGGAGGAGGUGUCGUCCAUGGUGCUGACCAAGAUGAAGGAGACGGCGAGCAACUACCUGGGCCAGCCGGUGCAGGCCGCGGUGGUGACGGUGCCGGCCUACUUCAACGACGCCCAGCGCCGGGCCACCAAAGACGCGGGCUGCAUCGCCGCGCUCAACGUGCUGCGUAUCAUCAACGAGCCCACGGCCGCGGCCAUCGCCUACGGUCUGGACCACAAGAAUGGGCCGGAGGAGCGUAACGUCCUCAUCUUCGACCUCGGGGGCGGCACCUUCGACGUGUCGCUGCUCACCAUCGCGGGCGGCAUCUUCGAGGUGAAGGCCACGGCCGGGCACACGCACCUCGGCGGCGAGGACUUCGACUCCCGGAUGGUGGAGCACUUCGCCAACGAGUUCCGCCGCAAGUACCGCAAGGACAUCUCGACCAACAAGCGAGCCCUCCGGCGGCUGCGCACGGCGUGCGAGCGCGCCAAACGCACGCUGUCCUCGUCCACCCAGGCCACCAUCGAGGUCGACUCGCUGUUUGAAGGCAUAGAUCUCUACACCACCAUGACGAGGGCGCGCUUCGAGGAGCUCAAUUCAGACCUCUUCAAGGCGACCCUGGAGCCGGUGGAGACUGCGCUGCGCGACGCGGGUAUAGAUAAGAGGAACGUCCACGAUGUGGUGCUAGUCGGCGGGUCGACGCGGAUCCCCCGGAUACAGCGUAUGCUCAGAGACUUCUUCGGUGGCAAGGAGCUCAACCAGUCCAUCAACCCGGAUGAGGCAGUCGCCUACGGGGCGGCCGUGCAGUGCGCCAUCCUGCAGGGUGACAAGAGCGAGGUGGUGCAGGACCUGCUGCUGUUGGACGUGACGCCGCUGUCCAUGGGGAUUGAGACCGCCGGGGGCGUCAUGUUCCCGGUCAUCAAGAGGGGCACCACCAUCCCCACACACCAGACGCAGGUCUUCAGCACCUACGCAGACAACCAGCCCAAGGUGCUCAUCCAGGUGUACGAGGGCGAGCGUCCGCUCACCAAGGACAACAAUCUGCUGGGCAAGUUCGAGCUGUCCCACAUUCCCGCCAUGGGGCGCGGCGUUCCCCAGAUCCAAGUCACCUUCGACGUGGACACAAACGGAAUCCUCAGUGUCACCGCCGUGGAGAAGUCAUCCGGAAAGGAGAACAAGAUCACCAUCACCAACGACAUUGACCGCCUGUCCAAGCAUGAUAUAGAGCGAAUGAUCAAGGAGUCGGAGAGAUUCCGCCAGCAGGACGACCAACAACGCAAUAAAGUAAUGGCGAAGAACGCACUGGAGGCCUUCUGCUUCACGGUGCGCGCCAUGCUGGACGAGGUGACCGGAAACGUAAGCGCGGACAUGGAGAUCAGCAUGAUUGCCACGACCUGCCACGAGACCAUAAGCUGGAUGGAGUCUACCAAUGAUCCAGACCCCAACCACUUGGAGAGUCGCCACCGGCAGCUCCAGAAGCUGUGCGAGCCUCUCUUGAAGCGCUUUGCGGGGCAACGACCAUCGACUUCGACCUCAGACGACAAAGGACCCACCAUCGAGGAGGUGGAUUGAGUAAAAGCGAUAUAAAAGGGUGUGUAAACGGGAUGAUAGUUCAAGGACAAAAGUUCAAGCAUUGUAUUAAGAGUGUGUUUAUUUUGUCAACGAUUUUUUAAAUGACAAAGGUGCUCAUAUCUCAUGCAAUUGUCCAACUUCUUUAGAAAGAACUUGUCUUGGUUCAGUGUGUUUGUGAAAUCUUCACAUCUAACACAGAAAGGUCAUAGUCCUUGCCUAUUAAAUCAGAUUUGAAUUGAAAGGAUUGCCUACAAAGCUAGUGCAUUUUGACAAAAUAAUUAGAUUACUAUAAACACAUAAAAAUAUAAAAUAUUUGAAAUCUG